AUGAUAUCGUUCAAAGAGUUCGAGGACAUCACCAAUAAAUUUUCCGAAAAGCAACUACAUGGUGAAAGUAUCUUUGGUGCUGUUUAUGAGGGUACACGUGUGGAUGGGGAAGAGAUGAUUGUGAUCAAACUGAAAGAGCAUAGGAGACCAUCAGAGACCCAGUUUAACCUGGUGGUAAAUGGUCUGAGAUUCGAGCACAAAAAUAUUCUACAACUUAAGGGUUACUGUGAUGAAACAGUUGAAGCAGCGAGUAAGAGGUUGCUCUGUUACGAGCUUUUGCAGAACGGUAGUCUGGACAGGAAAAUUUUUGGUGACCAAUCUCUCACACAACAUCCUUGGGAAGAACGUUACCGAAUAAUACAAGACAUAUGCAAGGUUUUGCAGUACCUACAUGAAGAAUGUAAAGAUGUCCACAUGGGCAUAACAGCAGGUAACAUAUGGCUGGAUAAUGACAUGCUCCCAAAGGUUGGGUGUUGCGGUCUAUCAAGGAUCUUCGCUGCAGACCCGACUCAGAUAUACAAUACAAAGGGGAUACCUUGCACCGGAGCACAUUGA